UCCAUCAACGCCUCUGCAUUUUCUUUUAAUCCUUUUAGGACAGCAAUUGGUGGAAGGAACGUCGACGCUUCACCACCAUGCCCUGAACUUUAGAUCCCUGGAUCGGCCGCUGCGAUCUUUGUCCGUGAUGGCGUCAUUCGCUCCGGCGGCGAUCGUGGUGCUGGUGGUGGUGGUGGCGGUGUGUCCCUCCUCGGCGCUGGCGGAAGCCCGGAAGGCGCCGUGGAGGAUGCACACCCUGUUCUCCGUUGAGUGCCAGGAUUACUUCGACUGGCAGACGGUGGGUUUGAUGCACAGCUACCGCAAGGCGCGGCAGCCGGGGCCCAUCACCCGUCUCCUUAGCUGCACCGACGAGCAGCGCCGCCGGUACCGGGGCAUGGGCCUCGCGCCCACCUUCGAGGUCCCUUCCAUGAGCCGCCACCCACGGACCGGGGAUUGGUAUCCUGCUAUCAAUAAACCAGCUGGUGUUUUGCAUUGGCUUGAACAUAGUGAAGAUGCAGAUAAUGUUGAUUGGGUUGUAAUCCUGGAUGCAGAUAUGAUCAUUCGAGGUCCAAUAGUACCUUGGGAACUGGGUGCCGAGAAAGGUAGACCAGUUGCUGCAUAUUAUGGGUACUUGAGGGGAUGUGAUAAUAUUCUCUCACGUUUGCACACAAAGCAUCCUGAAUUAUGUGACAAGGUUGGUGGACUUCUAGCCAUGCAUAUUGAUGACUUAAGGGCUUUAGCUCCUCUGUGGCUUUCAAAGACUGAGGAAGUGCGAGAGGAUCGAGCACAUUGGGGAACCAACAUAACUGGUGACAUUUAUGGCAAGGGUUGGAUCAGUGAGAUGUAUGGAUAUUCAUUUGGUGCAGCAGAGGUCGGCCUCCGUCACAAGAUAAAUGAUGAUUUAAUGCUUUAUCCUGGUUAUAUUCCUAGAGUUGGUGUGGAGCCUAUCCUCUUGCACUAUGGUUUACCAUUUAAAGUUGGUAAUUGGUCCUUUAGAAAGAUAAGACAUCAUGAGGAUGGCAUUGUGUAUGACUGCAACAGAAUCUUCCCUCCACCACCUUUUCCUAGAGAGGUCGAGAUGAUGGAAGCUGAUUUAAACAAAAGGCGAGGCUUAUUCUUGAGCAUAGAAUGCAUUAACACUUUAAAUGAAGGUCUUCUAUUACACCAUGCAUCUAUGGGUUGUCCUAAGCCACAGUGGUCAAAAUAUCUAAGUUUCUUGAAGAGUAAGAGAUUUUCUGAGCUCACCAAGCCAAAAUAUUUAAAUCGCAAAAAACCUAGCAGUCAGAUAUCAGAGCACAGAAUUAUCUCUAUUGAAUCUCGAAAUGUGUACCCAAAAAUACAUACUCUUUUCUCAACAGAAUGUUCAUCAUAUUUUGAUUGGCAAACUGUGGGGCUUGUUCAUAGUUUUCAUUUGAGUGGCCAGCCUGGAAAUAUCACUCGACUUCUUAGUUGUACUGAUGAGGUCUUGAAGCAAUACAAGGGCCAUAAUUUAGCUCCUACACAUUAUGUUCCAUCUAUGAGCCAACAUCCAUUAACAGGAGACUGGUAUCCAGCUAUCAAUAAGCCAGCAUCCGUUCUUCAUUGGCUUAAUCAUGUUGAAACUGAUGCUGAGUUCAUUGUUAUUUUGGAUGCUGACAUGAUAAUGAGAGGUCCCAUUACACCAUGGGAGUAUGGUGCGCAACGUGGUCGUCCUGUUUCAACUCCUUAUGAAUACCUUAUUGGUUGUGACAAUGAGCUUGCAAAGAUACACACUAGAAAUCCUUCUGCUUGUGAAAAGGUUGGUGGUGUUAUAAUAAUGCACAUAGAUGAUCUACGGAAGUUUGCAUUAUUGUGGCUCCACAAGACAGAGGAGGUUCGAUCUGACAAAGCUCAUUAUGCUACAAAUUUUACUGGGGACAUUUAUGGAUCUGGAUGGAUAAGUGAAAUGUAUGGUUACUCCUUCGGUGCUGCUGAGUUAAAUCUGAGGCAUAUUAUCAGGCGUGACAUACUGAUAUACCCAGGUUAUGUUCCUGAACCAGGAGUCAAAUACAAGGUCUUCCACUAUGGACUGAGAUUUGGUGUUGGGAAUUGGAGUUUUGACAAGGCUGACUGGGGAAAUGUUGACAUGGUAAAUACAUGUUGGGCUAAGUUUCCCGAACCACCUGAUCGUUCAAGUCUAUCCAUAUCGGAUGAAAAUAUUUUAGAGAGAGAUAUCCUUAGCAUUGAAUGUGGGAAAGCAUUGAAUACUGCUCUUUAUCUGCAUCAUCAGAGCAGGAAAUGCCCUAUUCCUUCAGAAGGCAAUAGUAAUUUUAGUGUAGUGGAAGAUGAGGGUUCAUCCGAUGAAUCGAAACAUGUAACGAAUCCUGCAGCUAAUGUGAUAUCUAUUCAUGCCUCAAGUAGGAUGGGUAUGUCUCCGUGGAUAAGGAUGGUUGCACUUUGGGCUUUUUCUGUGUUAGGGUUUCUAGUUGUGAUUUCAAUGGUCCUCUCUAAUCGCAAGGGAGAAAAUCUUAAGGCUAAAGGUAGCAGAAGCAAGAACGUUUAGCUGAAAUUUGGUGGACAUUACUGGCAAUUCUUGCAAGUUUUAUGAUGAAAACUAUAUGACACUGAAUGAGAUCCUCGAGGAUCCGAGAUCAUGCAUCGUUACAUGAUUCUCCAGUGUUCAAACUGAUGAAAAUGACAUAUGGCUUCGAUAAAAGUACAUGUCACAGACAAACAGCAUUUUAUCUGAAGAGCCAUUCAAAAGGAUUUUACAUGUUGUACAAUUUUGAUCACUAUCUUGAGAUUUAAAUUAUCUCUAGCUUGCACAGUUUGCAGUAGGAGAUGGUUAAUUGUUUUGACUAUCCAUGCAAAGCAGCUCAAUAUUUUGAUUUACAUGGGACAGAUAUAGUGACAAUCCAGUUCUCAAGGAUGGCAACAAUUUGACUUCUUGGGAGAUACAUUUUAUCAUAAACAAUCACAGAAAAUAACAUAAUUAUAUCUGUGUGGUGGUUGACGAAUAAUUCUUCAGUUUUUUUUUUGUCUUUUUGUAUUUCUUCUGCAUGUAUUUCCUUUUAAUUAGAUGUAUUAUGUGUCUUUGUCAUCCUCAUUUGUUACUUGAGAUGUAGAAUGGUAGUAAACUAUUAUAAAAGUAGUACAUAUUUGUUCCCUGUA